AUGGACAGCCAACACGACAAUCGGUUCGAUGUGGUUCUAUACGGAGCCACCGGAAUCACGGGCGGUAAGAUCUUCGAAACGAUGAUCGCUUGCCGGAAAUUCGACGAAUUCUCUGUCGCAAUCGCCGGAAGAAACGAACAGAAACUGCGAGAAGUUAUUCGGAAGACUGAGGUACUAGCUUACGUCUUUUAACCUUCACACUUUCCUGCCAGGCGACGACGGGAGCCUCGUUGACGGAACGCGUAGGAGUGCUGAUUUGCGAGACGGCCGACGGAGCAUCGAUGGCGAGAAUGGCGCGUAGGUCGAAGCUGAUUGUGAAUGCGGUCGGACCGGUGAGUUAAAUAGAGAAAUGGAUAGUGUGAUUUGAUGAUAACGACGGGAGACUUUAUCAGUCAGUUCUUGAGAAGAUCGGUAGGAAACUGUCAAUCAUCGGCUGCUUGCCGCUGGACUUUGCACUCACUCGCUAGUAAAGUAGGACACAAGGGAGAUGAAUUUCAGUUGUAUAGUAUAGUCCAGUUGUUGUUUUGGCCCAUCCCUGUGUAGAGCCGUCUUCUGCUCAUUAGCCACAUUGUCAACAACAUUGCAGUUCCGUCUCCAUGGAGAAGCAGUCGUGCGCGCCGCCGUCGAGAACGGAGCCCAUCAAAUCGACGUGGCCGGGGAGCCGGAAUGGAUUGAACGGAUGGAGGACAAGUACCUGGAACGGGCGCGGACCAGUGGGGUCUAUGUGGUGUCGGCGUGCGGAUGGGACUCGAUUCCCGCGGAUCUCGGCGUGGCGGUGCUCAAGAAGCAUUUUGACGGACAACUCUCGCGAAUCGACGCUUUCGUUCACUUGCAAUUCGGGCCGUCGGUGAGCACCUUAGAGCAUUGAACUCGGUAAUCGUCUUAAAAGUGCACUCCGUUUCGACGCCGCGAUGUCGGUAUCGGUAUUCGUUGGCCUGUCAAUUCGCCAUAAAAAGAAACGAAUAGAAUGACAACAUGUAGGCUACAUGCUUCUGAAAGUCUCGUCGAGAUGAGACCAAGUGUCUUAUUUGGAAACGAUUUGGCCUAAAUGCUCAAAGAGCAGCUGCACAGGCUGACGGCUCCAUUUGCAGGGCUACUCGUUCAGUGCCACCUCGUUGCACGCCCUCCUGCUCGGCUUUAAUGGCGCAGCUGUCCACGGCGACCUUGGCGCCACCCGCCGUCGGAUUAUGCCCGAACGGCUCGACACAGACGACGGCCAUCUGCCCCGGGAAAGGCCCACUUUAUGGAGGAUCGAGGAGAAGGAGAGCGCCGGGUGGGCACUUCCCUUUCCGGGGGCCGACAAGUCGAUUGUGACGAGAAGUCAGUACAACGAUGCGGUGGAGAACCGGGUCAAACCGGUGCAUUUCACUCCCUACUCGAGAUUCGAAACACGCGCAAAUGCUAUCCUUUUGGCUGCAUUUAUGAGCCUUCUGAAAGUGGCGGCGAAGUACGAAAUAGUUCAGCGAUUUGUGAUGAGGUAUCCCUCUCUCAGCAGCUGUAACUUAUUCAGUGUAGGUUCUUUGAGUUGGGAAAAAGGAGAAAAAGGGACAGAGCGAUUCAGGACGAAGGGCCGAGUAAGCAGCAGAUGAGAGAGGCUUCGUUCUCGUACCGAUUCUAUGGAUACGGAUUCGGACGAGGGGAUCCCAGGACUGAGAAGCCCAGGAAGAAGGUACGACUUGAGAGGUGCAAUCAUGAUCGCCCAUUUCCAGCUCCUCGUUACUUGUACUGGUCCCGACGUCGGUUACAUUGCUACAAGUGGAUGCGUUCUUUCGUCAGCUCUGAUAAUUUUGAAACAGAAGGAAGCACUGCCGAAAAAGUAUGAACUUCCAUGUUGACAUCAACAUCGCCUCUUUCUCUUCCAUAUACGAAAAGUGCACCGCAAUUUUCAAUCAAAAAUUGCAGCCAAUUCUCCCGAAUACAAAUAAUGUCGACAUUUCAGCGGCGGAGUCUACACAACAGCCACUGCGUUCGGAAAUUCUCGCAUCUACCAGUAUCUUGCCGAUUUCGGAAUCAAAUUCGACAUUGAAAUGCCCGCGAAAUUGUAG